AUGAGACAAUCAACUGAUUUAAUUUUACUAUGGGAAGAGGAAAAGAGCAGGGUAACACUUGUGGUCGCGGUGCUUGUAGGAAAUGGACUCAGUGUUCUCUUUACUGCGGCUAGGCUUAUGGAGUUGUAUAACAAGGUAGGACUCAGAAUAUUGAUACUAGAGACAAAUUCAUUAGACACAUUCCAAGUAGGUCCAUUACCUUAUUGUCUUACUUCAAUCCCAUAUAUACCAUCCAGUUUAUUACAAGAUGCAGCUAUCAAUAAUACGGAAUCUUCCAUUAUGUUUUUAAUGACCAUUCAUAGAGCUUCCAAGAGAUCAAUACCCAAGGCAAUGAACAAACCAGUAUCUAAUGAGUCAUUGAUUGUACGACCAUGUACACAUCCAACAAAUUCAAUAUCAUAUAAUCCACAAUUAUAUAUCAAUUAUUUAAGACACAGACUUUUGAAUUUCAAAAAUAUAAGUUUUGCUAAAUUGGCAAAUAAAUGGGAUUUAGAAAAAAUUAUAGAUCAACUACCUAAAGAUAUACCAAAUUUAAUCUUCACAUUAGAAAAUGAAUCAGUUGUCAAAUUAAAUGAUUUAUCAUUAUCUUCAGUUCAUUGGGAUGGUAUUGCAAAUUGGAAAAUGCCAGAAUAUGCACAUUGGAUAAAGAAACACAAAAAUUCAAAUUGUAAAGUUAAUCAAAUCAUCAUUAAAGGGAAUCCAAUUUUCCAAAUCAUUUCAAAUCAUAAUUCGUUUGAUUUAUGUGGUGCUAUUUCAGGAUCAGAAAUUAUAACUGGUAUAAUAGAUCAACAUAUCAUUAAUAGUAAAUUAAGAUGGCCAAGAUUAUAA